UUUUGUUUCGGGCGGACAGAUAAUCUGCUGCCGCCACUUCUGAACAAGUCCGGGCGACAGGUGCACGCCUGGACUUCUCCGGACCGUCGGUCGAGCGUCGAUAAAUUAAAAACAAACAAAACAAAACCAUUAACUCUCUCGCUCUCUGGACGGCGGAUCGAUCGGCGGAUCGAUGAACGCAUAAAAGGUCCCCGGGGCCACUAAAACUCGAUUGAGACGCGGCGACUACUCCGUCGAAGCCUCGAGCGCGGCAUGAGCCGCCCCGUCCCGUUUGCUGCGGGUCCGCCGGCUCGGCUCGACCUCGCCGCCGCGUCGCUGCGCGCGCAUGGGCGAAGUUAAGUCAGGGCGACUCGCUCCGUAAACCUUUGGACCGGGAGCCGAUAGAGGUUUUGUCUAGACCUGCGCAGCUGCCGUGAGACGGGAUUUCCGAGACUUCGCGGCGAUGGAGAAAAGGAGCAAAGCCACGAAUGGCAUCCCGACCUCGCGGCUUACGCUCGGUGCCGCCGACGGGGGGGCCAGGGACCGGGUGGACCGGGUGGACAGGGACCGGGUGGACAGAGUGGAUCCAUAUGGCUUUGAGCGGUCCAAGGACUUCGACUUCGAGUCGUAUGAGGAGUUGAUGUCGGAGUACCUGGUUGUGCUCACUAGACGAUCCAUCAAGUGGUCCAAACUGCUCAAGGGCAGAGGCAAGGUGGAGAAGAAUUUGAAACUGAAGCGUUAUGUACGUAAAGGGAUCCCAAAUGAGCAUCGCUCACUGAUCUGGAUGGCCGCCAGCGGAGCUCAGGAGCAGCUGGAAAAAAACCCAGGCUACUACCAGUCCUUACUGGGCGCCCAGCAUGACCAUAAACUAGUGGAGGCCAUCUGCACAGAUUUAAACAGAACAUUUCCAGACAAUAUCCAGUUCCAAAAGACAUCCAGCCCGUGUCUGCAGAAAGCGCUUCACAAUGUGCUGCUAGCUUACGGCCAUCACAAUCCCACUGUGGGAUACUGCCAGGGGAUGAACUUCAUCGCCGGGUACCUCCUUAUCAUCACUAAAGACGAGGAGAAGUCCUUCUGGCUGAUGGAGGCGCUCAUAGGCCGAAUAUUACCAGACUACUACAGCCCGGCCAUGCUGGGGCUGAAGACGGACCAGGAGGUGUUGGGGGAGCUGGUGAAGGCGAGGGUCCCCGGGGUGUGGCAGACCAUGGCGGAGCACAACGUCAUGUGGACUCUGGUGGUGUCCCGGUGGUUCAUCUGCCUCUACAUAGACAUCCUGCCCACAGAGACGGUUCUGCGGAUCUGGGAUUGUCUGUUCUACGAGGGUUCGAAAAUCCUGUUCCGCGUCGCCCUGACGCUGAUCCACCGCAACCAGACCCUGAUCCAGCAGGCCCGGUCCCUCCCCGACGUGUGUCAGAGUUUCAAGGAGAUCACACACGGACCAUUUGUUGAUAAAUGCCACACUUUGAUGCAGAAAAUCUUCACCGAACCAGGAAGUCUGUCCAUGUCGACCAUAUCCAAGCUGCGGGCGACGUGUCGCGCACGCAUCGUGGCGGAGGAGUCCUGACCCGCCCGCCGGCUCGAGGACCCGACGAUCAAAACUCCUCACACAUUCCAAGGCAUUCCGUUGACCUCCGCUCCCGAUCGACGUUGGAGGGUGAGAGAAGGAGAGACGGGCCGGACUUUUGGGACGAACACUCCGACAUUUCUUUUUGCACUUUUAUAAAAUGUCCGCCUUCAGCUCGCCACUGAAUUAGCGUCCCAACACAACUGUGAAUAUGUACGAGUGUGUUGCUAUACGCGUAGCGGUGUCUGUGGUCUGGAACAAUGACCGGAUCGUUUGUAUGUGAAGGACAGAGUGAAUCAAGUUAAGAUGAAACACUGUCCCUCCUGAGUCCAUUUCACAAAAUCCUUUCCCCUACUUCCCUUGUGAAAUUGUUAAAAACGCACUGCAGUGCACUUUGUUCCCCGACACGGUAACGGCAGAAGCUCGGCCAGGUGAACCGCGUCACGCGCCCGGCGUGCUGGGAAAGCAGAAGUGGCGUGUGUGUCGGCGGCGGUUUCGAUCCGGAGGGGUGUAUUCACUAACGUUUGUAAAGAAUAACAUUCUGAACGUUUCAUUUUUGUAUCUGGGAGACCAACUUAGGUGGCGCCACUUGUUGCACACUUGGCGUCGAUGUUCAACAUUGCCGUAUUUAGUUGAGAAGGAAAACCUUCCCGUCAGACACGCUCGAAAGAAGCCGGAGAUCUGAUCUGCGGGAUCUCGACCGGGUGUCUCGAGGUUGCUUCAGGUACGCUCUCCGGUUAACGUUCGAUGCCUGUAUGGGCACAGCACGAGCUGGCCGGUCCCCAAUCUGGCCGAGGCGAACGUGUGGGUGCCUGACCUCGGUGGGCAUUUCUAACACAGGUCGUCCAAAACCAAGUUCAGUUAAGAGCUGAUUUUUCUUCCUGACGUCGUCAUGACCUGUUAGUUCAGCGUCCGACUUGCUAUUCCUAAGUGAAUCUUUUCCCGUGGUGUGCUUUUAUGCUGCGUAAUAAUGUCCCUGCUGGUUUCUCGAUGAACCACAGAACACACUCGUUCUCUUGUUAUGACGCUUGCUUUUCUCACUUGACGUCGGAUAUGGUGACAAGAUGUGAAGUGGCGUUUGUCGCCCUGGGCCUGACAUACUGUGAACACCGUGACGGCGUGUGUCUUGUAGAGAAAAGCAGCCUUGCGCAAUAUGUGGUGAAAAAUGUCUUAUUAAAUCACUGGUAUACACAAACUCACGUGAACUGUCAUGAGACCUCCAGCACCCCUGGCUAAAGGGUGACAGCCAGAGAAGUAAAAGAAGGUGACGGAGAGAUGAGAG